AUGUCCCUCAGUGACAUUUUUGUAAAUAGUGUACCGUCGUGCCGUAGGCUAUCCCGCCGUGGUUGCCAGCUGUGUCGUGAGAGUGAGAAGCAGAGGGUAACGAGGAAGGUGAAGUGGUUCAAUGACCAGAAGGGAGUGGGUCGCGUCUACGACGUCAGCACUGGAAAAUCCUUUUACGGCCCCAGCGGCCCCUACGCCAUGUUUGCCGUCAAAGACGCCAGCAGAGCCCUGGCGAAGAUGAGCAAGAACGACGAUGACAUCUCCCCCUCCCUCGACGACCUCUCUGACAAGGAGAUCGGUGUUCUCAACGACUGGGAGAACAAAUUCCAAGCUAAGUACCCUGUGGUUGCUCGUGUUCUCAAUUAA